AUGAAAAUCGAGCAGAUCGUUGUUGAUUUGCUCGCAAAUAUUAAUACAAAGGAAGAUGCUUUAAUAUGGCUUAAUGAAUUUCAAGAAUGUUCAAAAACUACAAUGCAUUUAACACGCACUUAUCCAGUUAAAGGAGAUAAA